CCAGCUAUAAUAAUCCGAAAUAUAGUUUAAGCAUACAUACAUUCAGCAUACAUUUAACAAAGUGAAAUUAUAGCCUUAGUUACUAUAGCAACUAGAGCAAACAUCAUGAAAAAGAGGAACAAAGUAGUCGAUGGGGAUCAUAAGUGUACCAGUUCAAGGGCUACGAGAUGCUGCUGAUGGAUCUGCUAACAAGUGGACAUGAGAUAAGAAGAUUUUGUCAAACAACAUCAAUCAAGUUUUUAGGACAAGUUGAUAGUCAGUGAGACUGAGGCAGUGCAGAUAUGAGUGACGUGGCAGAGGAAGCGAUGGACAGCUCUGCGGUGUCAGAGGAAGAAGUGGAGGAACAACAGGAGACGUCGCAGGAAGACCAGUCGAGUCCGAACAAAAGCCGCACCAAAAUACCCGUUGUGGGUGAAAUCCUUGAGGGCAAGCGGGCAAAGAAGACGGUCGAGAGGCUCGAUUUCCAGGCACCCAAGCAAAUGGAGAAGCUCAAGAUUGGAGAUGGUAGCGGAGAUAAAUUAGGAGACAUUCCACGCACCAGCUUCCAGAUCACCAAGAUGAAGCCAGCUGACCUGAAACCGCUGCACGCCAUCCUCUUCGACAGACCAGGAAAGAUGGCCACAAUAAAGAAGAACCUGCGCCUGUUUAAUGGCUUUCCUUUUGAUGCAGACAGUGAACAGUACACCAAAAAACGAGAAAAACUUCUCAAAAAUUCAAAUUUUACAAACACUAAACUGAAAGUUGUCUGCGGUGUUUUGGAUCUGGAGAAGAAAGGAACCCACACAGAUCUGGUCGACAGGAUCCUGAGUUUCCUCAUUGCUCCAAAAAACAGCGGGAAGCGGGUGCCCGUGAAGAAGAAGAGGAAAUCAAAGAAGAAACUGUCAGGUGACGACUCGAAGGCAAAGACCAAGAAGAAGAGCAAAUCCAAACCCAAGAGCUCGUCGUCUAGUCCCAAAAAGUCCAAAACAGGAAGCAAGUCCAAAGCAAUCGUCAUGGACUCCAGCAGUGACGAUGAUGAUGACGAGGAAGAUGAGAAGGCGGGGGCUUCCGCUGAGGCUGAGGGAUCAGAUACAGAGGAGAAACCAUCAGAGAAAGAGGAGGACCAGUCCGACAAGUCAGAGCAGUCUGCAGAUGAAGAAGAAGAGGAGGAGGAAGAUGAGGAGGAAUACGAUGAAGAUGAUGAGUCUCCAAAAUCAAAGUCAAGCAGAGGGAAGGCUGCAUCCAAGAAAUCCGCACCGGUGAAAAGACAAAGGACACCAGCGAAGAAGACGGGUCCUCCUAAAAAGAGAGUGAAGAAGGACGUUUCAGACGAGUCCGAAUCCGACGCCGACAGUGAAGCGGAUGAGAAGCCCAAAAAGAAGAAAUCGGCAGCGGCCAAACCAGCCGCCAAAACAAAGAAGGCCGACAGUAGCAGCAACAGCAAAAAUAACACAAACACAGCAGAGGACAGUUCGGACGACAAUGAGCCGCUCAUCAAGAUGAUAAAAAAAGCACCGAGUGACGAACAGCUGAAGGAGACGGUCCAGAGUCUGCUGAAGGAGGCCAACUUGGAGGAGAUGACCAUGAAACAGAUCUGCCAGAGGGUGUUUGACACCUUCCCAGACCACGACCUGACCAGCAAGAAGGACUACAUCAAACAGACAGUCAAAUCUCUCAUCACAUGAAGAUCUGAAGAAUAGAGUCGACGUGAAUCACUGCUAAACUUCACAAGGGAAAAACUUCAGCAGUAAUGACUGAAAAGCUCCUUUUUCAUUAGUUCCAUAUCUUGGUUUGUUUUCAUACAAAGCUGUUUUAUACAUGAUUGUUUUUUUUAUUAAUGUGUGACUUGUGUAUAAGCUCUCAGAUUAACUCAACAGUGUUCAUCAACAAACUUUUUUAAUGCUCUCUCACACACGUUUUGUGCUUCUGGUUGAGUCCGGAGCAAAGUAGUGAUUAAUGAAUUAAAAAAAAA